AUGGCGAAUGAGACUCCGGUGUCGCUGCUCAACCAGAUUUGCAGCCAGAAUGACAUCUCCCCCGCUUACAACCUGAUUGCCCGUGAGGGCCGCGUCCAUGCGCCCGUCUUUACCUACAAUGUUGAGCUGGCGGGCAUGAACGUUGAAGGCUCCGGGCAGAGCAAGAAAAAGGCAAAACAUGUCGCUGCAAAGAUGAUGCUGAAGGCAAUCUUAAAUGGCGAUGCUGUGCUGCUCGAAGAACGAGAAAAGGAGGCGAUUCAGAGAUGCCUUAAACAGUGUGAUGAAGAGGACAUUGCUGAAGCCAAUAAGUUGAUCAAGGCAUACUCAUCAGCCAAUGCCAUCAAAGGACAGACUUACGAAGCUAUUUCCGGCCCGGGUGGCGAGAACCGAGUGAAGAGUGAUGAUCGACAGAACGAGCUGGCGCAAAGUGACCCCACUGAUGACAUGAACCCCAUCGGCAAGCUGCAGGAGAUUUGCAUGAAAAA